AUGCCUUCUACCUUUCUCAACAGCCGGUCAAGAACUCGGGGCCCUAGCGACCACGGCAUGCUUCAAUACAACCUGCCUUUUGCAAUUGACACCCGGGCCAAAGGCGACAAAUUACGAAUCGAUGAUGACGACGACGAUGCAGAUAGUGAGGAGUACAUCUCACAAGAGCAGUCUGGCAAGGGUGAGAUUACGAAGACAAUUGUGAAUGAGCUGUAG